UCAAUGCAUCAAUCAACGUGCUUUGCUGGUUAAGCAUGUUUACUUUCUUGAUUCAGGAAACUUUUAUUUAUUACAUCAACUGUACUAUGUAUGUAUUGUUGCCAUAUCUUUCAGCUUUACGCAAACAUUCGUUAUUUCUCGCACGUAAGUAAGUUUCGACACUGUCCUUUCACUGCAUUAAUAGCUUAACUGUCGAAUUAGAUUUUACACGUUUGUUGCAGCUUUUAUAGUUUACAAAGAAAAGCGCCGCGGGCAUAAAAGCCCGUGACGCCAUCACCGUCUCGCACUUUCAUUGGUUAAUCAGUAACUUCGUGUUUUAUAUACAUUUGCAGUAUUAAGGACACGUGUUGAUAUUUAUUUGGUUUAUUUCCGUGUAGAAAAACAAUUUAUUCGAUAAAUAAUUGGUUGAUUAUCAUAACUUUAUACAUCUUUACGUUCGACAUAAAAAUAAAUUGUCUAGCAGUUAAAAUGUGAAUAGGCAAAAUCUAAGACAAAUCAUAUUAUUUUCAAUUCAUAUUCCUGUUAUUAGUGGCGCAUAACGAAUUGAAAACAAGUUUUGGCUUAUACAAAGUCACGCAUAUACCUUACCAAUAAACCUCGCGACUUCAGGCAUGACGAACAAUGCUUUGUUUAACUUUUUCUUCGUUGCACCUGCCACCUGGAACUUGACGGGGUACUUUACCUGGUCGUGUGAACGGUUAUUUACCGGGUAGUGUGAACGGUUCUUUUCAGAUUUUUGCUGGUUUGCUUUAUAGGUAGAGCUUUUUCUGUGUUGAGUUCCCAUUAGUUGUUUGACCUCACAACAUCUGAUAAAUUGUUGAACACAAGAUGAAUUCGUAAGUUAACUUAUUACAUAAGUGUGUACUUGAUUUUAAUUUAAUGUUUGAUUUUAGCGUACAAGACACUACAGCUCACGAAGAGAUAGUUGGCGACAAAUCAAAUGAAAGUUUCCGAAUAAGCACGUUCUUGAGGUUUCCACCCGAUUCUCCAGCCAAUAUACGUCAUCUGGCAAGGGUCGGCUUCUACUAUACAGGACAUGCCUAUACAGUUAAGUGUUACAAGUGCGACUUUGUAAAGGAAAAUUGGAAUGUAGGCGAUUGUGUUACAUCCCCUAGGUGGCACUCGAGAGAUUGUGACUUCAGCAUCAGACGCGAGCAUCAAAGUGAAACUAAAGCGUUCCACACACUGGUCUGCAUUGCCGAGAGUGACAUUCCAGCGAGUUCACAUUACGGUCCCAUUCUGUAGGAAGUGACUUUUUAAUUUAGUAGAUUAUUGUUUGUCUCACGAGACAUGACUUUUUAAUUUAGUAGAUUAUUGUUUGUCUCACGAGACAUGACUUUUUUUAGUAGAUUAUUGUUUGUCUCACGAGACAUUACUUUUUUUAGUAGAUUAUUAUUUGUCUCACGAGACAUAACUUUUUUUAGUAGAUUAUUGUUUGUCUCACGAGACAUUACUUUUUUUAGUAGAUUAUUGUUUGUCUCACGAGACAUUACUUUUUUUU